AUGUUCCUUGCUGUGGCAACAUUGACUGUGAGGUUGCUCGCCUCUGCUGCAGCAGCAGCUGCUGCUGAAACUGGUGAUGACAAUGACCGACGUUGUAACAUCAUCUUCGUUGGUGACGCAGUCGACGUUGUUGCACGUGCAAUUAACUUUAAGCACAGUGCAAGCAGCUCUACAGAGUUGGCACCAUCGCUGCUGGGCAUCUACGACACCUUGACGAGUGCGCUAGAUGAGAGUAACAACAACCAACUUCACAACAGCCACAGUGAAAAUACAAAAAUUAGCGAAAGCAACAACAAUAACAACAGCGCGUGUAGUACCGAAGGCGACGAGAACGUUGUCAGUUCUGACUUACAUUGUAACGGUACUGUAAGUGGUGCCAGUAAUCACAGCGACUCGCCAACGCUCAGCAAUAAGAGUAGUCGCAGCUCAAGUUUCAGCUCGGAGGGGAAGCUAAGUGGCGGCGAAUAUAGUUCUAAGAUUAAUAGCUAUAACAACAACCACAAUCACAAUGAUAGUGACAACAAUAAGAGCAAUGGCAAUUAUGGCGCUAUAGAUGAACAGCAGCAACAACUGCAAUAUUUGCCAACACCACAAAAACGUCAAUUAGUGGAACAGUCGCCCGAAGCGUCAGACGCGUUGAAUGGGUUUGCGGGCAGUGGACUUGGCAACGGAUGCAACACCACACUCACAUUGCUCAACCUCGCCUACAGCAACAGCAGCAGUAACAGCAAUCACAGCAUCAAACAUAGUUAUAGCCAAAGCAGUCGUAGUCUCAAUUCGCUCUCGUCGUCGUCCUCGUGCAGUCAACGCAGCAACAGCAGUAGCGGAAGUGGGCGCUUCAACAGCCCGCCGGGCUCGCGUUUGUCACGCGACUCCGCGCUAACUCACAGUUCGGGUAGCAACAGCAGCCUCAACAGUCCCAGUAAGCAUCGCAAUCAAAUACGCAUACUAUCGCCCAACGUUCAGCGCAUUAUAACCCACUCGGACGCCGAGCGCGUAGAAACUGUUGACAUCGACGCGCUGCAACAACAACAACCAACGCACUUGUCUAGCCCGCUAAGCUCACCCGCGUCACAUCAUCGUUACAUUAAGAAAGCGCCACAGCUGGGCGCAACGUCGACGCCGCUUGGCGUGCACAAGGUGAAGCUAUCGCACAUACCGCUCUCCAAGAUUACUGGCAAAUUAACGCAAUCGGGUAGCGAACUUGUUGAGACAUUCGAUUCCAGCUCGGAGUACUUGGACGCGCUAAGUUUUCAGUCGUAUUCUGAAGCGAAGCCGGUGCGUAGUGUGAAAAAGCCAGCCACGCCGGCUGUGCUGCACAUUCCGGGUGUGGAAAAUUGUGCUAUUGACAGUGAGGUGACACCUACAAAUAAGAAUAAUACAACCAGCGUUGCGAGCGAGUCGGCUAGUGCGUUUAACUUCAACACCUCCUAUAAAUUAUCACUACCGGAUUAUGAGCGCCAAGAAAGUAUUAAAUUGAUUGAAAUGGAGCAAUUGGCUACAACUUCGCAAAUGAUAACCGCCGCAUGUGCUACACCAAUACCAACUCCCGUGCCUCAUCUAGCUGAGCAGCAUGAAGCCCAUAACAACAACAACAACAAUAAUGAUGAUCCUAAUCCGCUCAACACAUCACCUCCACCACCCUCUAAGGAGUUUAUCGCUACUGCACCUCUGUCACCCUGCGAAAUUGUUGAGACUUUAAACUAUCCAUUGCUCACGCAAGACCUCAAGAAGCUCACGCUCAACGAUAAGGACACCAUGAACUCAUCCCUGACGAGCGUUGAACUCAUCGAAGCUAUCAACAAGCCAGUGAUCUCUAAGCCGUUGGUGCGCAGUUCUUCGGCAGCUUGUGCCUCUACUGUAACCGGCUCGCCUAUGCUUACCUAUGCGCGUUCCAAAUGCUUGGCAGCGAAGGCCAAUACUUUGGGCGGUGCAGUGCCUAUUAAAUUGCCUACAGCACAACAAUUGGAAGAGCUCGAGGAGGCAAGUAAAAUGUCGGCUGAGAGUCUGGAUCGUCUCACUGAUAUCAAGUCAAAGUUUUCGCCAAAAGAGUCACGCAAAGGUGGCCCAAUGUUGCCGGAGAUUGCCAAACUCAAGCAUCGUCCACUUUCCUCGUCGUCAAUUUGUUCAACUUCGUCCAGCUCCAGCUCGGGUUCAGAUCAAUUGAAUGGCAAGUUGGCUACUUCAUAUUUGGCGAGCGUCGAAAGCUUAGCCGAUCAAAGUGAAAAUGAGCUAAUGGAUCCACAUAGCGGCAUGAGCGUCUUGGAGCGGGCCAUGCUGGAGAUGGUCGACUCCGAGCGUAGCUAUGUGGAGGAUUUGGGGCAAGUAAUUAGAGGUUAUCUAUCGGACUGGAAAGAACGUGCCUGCUUACGAUACGACGAACUGAAAAUACUCUUCUCGAAUAUUGAAGAGAUUUAUGAGUUCAACUCGACGCUCCUGAAGCAGCUAAUCAACUCUGGUAUGGAACCGGGCAAAAUAGCCAAAUGUUUUAUAGAUUUGCGCGAAAGAUUUGAUGUAUACACAACAUAUUGUACAAGCUAUCCUGAAGCCAUAUCACUGCUGACCAAACUGUUACAGGCCACACACACCAACGCACUGCUGACGUCCACGCAAAAAAUGUUGCAACACAAGCUGCCACUCGGCUCGUAUUUACUGAAGCCAGUGCAACGUAUACUCAAAUAUCAUCUGCUAUUGGACAACCUUCGUAAACAUUGCGAUGUGAAGGAAGUGUUGCAAGCCUACGAAAUCAUGCGACAAGUGGCGCGUAAUAUCGAUCAGGUGAAGCGUAAGUUGGAGCAACAAAUAAGAGUUAAAGAGUUGUCUGGCAUUUUGGAUGGAUGGUUAGGGCCAGAACUUACCGUUUUGGGCGAACUCCGUCAAGAGGGUCUCCUUAUGGAGCACAAUAAGCCACGCAUGGUCUUCCUAUUCGAUACGAUGCUGAUCAUUACUAAACCCAAAGAGGAUAAUCGUCUACAAUUCAAGAGUUACAUACACCAAAAUAAUCUAAUGUUAAGCGAACAUUUGCCCGGCGAACCUACGAGCUUUUAUGUAAUACCCUACCAUGAGCCGCGUAAUCAAAUCAAAUUGACAGCCAAAAAUCGUGACCAGAAACGUCUCUGGGCGCAACACAUUAAAGGAGUCAUACUCGAGAAAUUCGACAACAUACCGAAUCGCGCUAAGGAGCUGGUCUACAAGUUGGGCGAUGAGGAAGACCGCACACCGGACAAGAACACCUGGAAAUGGAGUCUGCACUCGACCUCGACCACACCAGUCUACUUGGAGCGGCGCAAUCAGUAUCGACGCAGCGAGAUACGUAACCGAUCGAAAUUCAAACGGAAGACUGUGUCCAAUUCAACAUCAUUCGAUAGUUUCAACGAGAUCGCUGAAAAUACGACCAGAGAAUCGCCGACCGCAACAACUGCAACCGAUGUGGCUGCCACUAAAUCAGGCAAACUAUUGACGCGCACCAAUAGCAUCGACGACAAUAUGUUGCCAGCGUUGCAUAAACUCGCAGCCGCUAUUAAAAAUAAAGGCAAAUCAGAGGAUGCUAAUGGAUUGGUAGGCGCGAAGUCCGAUAGCGCUGACAAGGGCGAUGCUAUCGAGGAAGCGAAGCAUGAGGGUAACACCACAGCAAAUGGUGGGCUGACUCCGUGCAUCUUGCGCGACCAACGACGCAGCGCUUGCGCCUCACCUAAGUCACCACUAUUCGGCUUGAAGGCGUUGAAGGAGCGCAGCAAGUCAGUGCCGCGCAUCAGCUUCCAAUGUGAUGAAUUGGACGAGGAAAACGAGUCGUCGCUGCAUGGCAGUAGUACCAAUCUGGAUGCGCGCAAAUCCAAGUCCAGCAAAUCGAUUGAGGUAAAGCAAUACAAUCACAAGACUAUACCUAAGCGCAUAGCAACGCUGAAGAAGCAGCGCACCGUUAAAACGAAGGAGACCUGCAAGUUCUACAUGGAUCUGAGCGAGUUCGACGAUGCGCCCAAAACAGAGCUGAAAAUCACCGAGUCCACGGAGAAUUUGCUGGAGGAGAAAGAGUGUGUGGAGGUGUGCGUGGAGAAGGAUGUGCAAACGGUGACACAAAAUCUUGACAGCAUACAAAUGCAGCUGGAGAAGCAGUGCGAAGAGCUAUUGACGACGCUGAAGAAGAAGGAUGCGGAUAUUAUAUUGGAUUUGUUAAAACAAAAUAAGGAAUUCGAACGCAUGGCCAAGAAAAAGCAGCAGCGAAAGCGUGCAAUCGAACAGGGAAGCGGUAGUGGUAGUGGCAGUGUCAGUGGUAGCGCGGCCGCUAGUCCUGAGUCGUCGGAGUAUCCGCUAAUUUGUGAAUUGCCGCCACGUCCGCCGUCGCGUUCACCACCACCACUGGAGUCCGAGAGUGAACUUGCCACAAAUGAUGCGCCGCAAACAAUGCCAGUCGUAGAUGUAGAGGAGCCAAUCUAUGAAACGCUUCUACGCAACGUACACGUUCCUUACAAGUUCUCACCCGUGAUGAGCCGCUCCAAAUCCGUGCAGCAUUGUAAGCCGCGCGAGAAAAAGUCACCGCCAACGCCGCGUCCCGAAUCGGACUAUGUUACAUUGGUGUACUCACCGGAAGGCGCACUGCAGCAAGUCGGUAGCGAAGUACUAGCGGAGCGCGCUAGUUGCGGCGAAACACAGCUGCGACGCGAUGCGCCAGAUGGCGCGCAAGAGCAACGCGACAGCUCUGGCUCGUCCACUUCCUCGUCGACGUGCACGCUCAAGCGCGACAGUCAGAGCACAGUCAUCAAUGUGGAGUGUGCGUCGGCGGGCAAUAUUUCACUGAUCUCCAACACCACUUGCAAUUCCAACGACGAAGCCAUUUACGCACGUCCCUUACCAAAGAAACUAAUGAAGCGUCUAUUUAGCACUGGCGCGCAUAGUGCCACCACACAACACGCCAACGGCAUGGGCAACAAGUCCGCACAUGAGCACAUAUCCUGCUCACAUAACUCCUUAUUGCCACGCGCGCGCAAAUCAAUCGAUAAUAUUGCGCUCAGUUUUGGACGCUCCAACAAGCCACCCGAGCGACGCGUCUCGGAUGUUAGCGAAAUGUGUCGCCAAAGCAUAUUGCAUCGACAGGGCAGCGAAGCGGUGGGCGAGCGCAUGGCACAUGUCGACUACGCGGAUCCGCGCACACUCUUCACAGCAAUUGGCGCCACCUCGGACGCAUCGCUGCAACGCGACUCUGUCUUCUCGCUCACCUCGUCUAAUGACAGCAUGUGUGAUCAGAAGCGUGCUGCUGCUGGCGCCACGACACUCAGUGAUGGUGCCAACUCCGAUUUUGUGUAUGAGGACAAUGUGGAGGCGUGUCUGGAGAAUGAUUUUCGUGACUCGGCAAUUUACAGCGAUGACAAUGAUAAGCGUCCAGACUAUGACUUGGGUGAUCAUAUUAAGCGGCCUAACAGCCCACCACCGCCACCGCCACCGGCGCGCAAUCGCGCCAACCCCGAAGUGCCACCCAAGCCAUCCGGUAUACCGCGCGUCAACAUUAGCAAAGUAUCGCCGCGCAGGGAGGCGCAAACGCCGCCAUCGCCGUUGAGUGCGCCAGAAUUGCAGUCGCUCGGCGGUAAGCCGGCAAAUGUUGUCAUUUGCCCGCCGCAUAUGAGCGCAACCGCAUCGCGCAGUUGGGUGUUGCAGCAGAUCGACAACUUCAAUAAGUAGAGUAAACUUAGUAGGCGUGGCUGGUGGCUGAAGGCCUUUGUGCUGUUCGUUUGCCAUAAAACAGACUUGAAAGAAAUUUGAUGCAUAAAAAUGUUUGAAAAAUACUUAAAAAAAUUAUUUUUAUUCAUUUAAAAUAAUGCAAAUAAAAAAUUGUACAAUAGUAUAAAAUUUAUUUGUUUAAAAAAUUUACAAAAAUGCAUUAAAAACUUUGUUAACCGUUAAAUGCUUACAGUUUAUUUUUAAUGUGCACUUAAACGCUGCAUUUAUUGAUGAUUCUUAAAAAUCUAUAAAAUAUCUCCUUAUAUGAAAAUUGUAUUCACAUACAUACAUACACUCGCUCGCAUUUGUACAUUUUGUAUAGCAACUAAGUUAUUUUAUUUUCUAUAAGAGUUUAAAGGCGCAGCGCUCUGCGUUUGCCGCGUCGCUUGUGAAUUAAUAUUCUGAGAAAAUAUUUUAUAUUUUUAUUACAACAUUUUAUUUUAUUUUUACAUAUUAUUUGUUGUUGUCCAACGCGAAAUUUCCAUUUGCUUUUAAGAGAAAAUAUAAAAGAAAAAUAUAAAUAUAAGAAUUUGCGAUAAGAAAUUCGAGCGAUACGGCACCUUUAUGAGUAGUCUGUCACGUGUAAUCGAACGACAAAACAAAAAAAAAACAUUAGACGCACAUCUAAGCAUUUAUUCUGAGAAACAAAAAAAAUAUCAAAAAAAUGUCGAUUGUAUUAAAACUUUUGCGUUUUAAGGAAUUUUGUAAUUCGAUAAAACUUGAAAAACUUACAUAUUUAUAAACAUAU